AUGCCCACGUGUCGCCUGCACCUCACCUUCUGGAUCCUUUUGUGCAUUUCCGGUUCGAUUCACCUGGUUCAAGCUCAAAACCUAACCGGAGCCACUACUGAUCCCGACGAAGCGCGAGCUUUGAACUCUGUCUUCGCGGCUUGGAAGAUCCAAGCGCCGAGGAGGGAGUGGAACAUCAGUGGAGAACUUUGCUCAGGCGCAGCCAUCGGCGAGAACAUCACCAUCGACGACAAACCCUACAACCCUCUUAUCAAAUGCGACUGCACGUUCAACAGCUCCACAAUAUGCCGCAUCACCGCACUCAAGGUUUAUGCGAUAGAUGUUCGAGGACCUAUACCUCCACAGCUCUGGACUUUGAUAUACCUCACAAAUCUGAACCUGGCUCAAAAUUAUAUUACAGGCUCUCUUUCUCCUGCAAUUGGAAAUUUGGUUCAAAUGGAAUGGCUGACUUUUGGGAUCAAUGCCUUGUCUGGCCCUGUUCCCAAGGAAAUUGGUUUGCUUACAAAAUUGAAAUCUCUUGGUAUUAGUUCAAAUAACUUUUCUGGCUCUAUACCAGCUGAGAUUGGGAAUUGCACACAACUACAACAAAUCUACAUUGAUAGUUCUGGACUCACCGGGGUAAUACCUUCAUCAUUUGCUAGUCUUGUGGAGCUGCACACGGUUUGGAUUAUGGAUCUGGGAGUUACAGGUCGGAUACCAGACUUUAUAGGAACAUGGACCAAACUUACUACUUUGAGAAUUCUCGGAACUGAUUUAAGUGGUCCGAUACCAUCGUCAUUUUCCAACUUGACUUCUUUGACAGAACUGAGGCUUGGUGAUAUAUCCAACAGCAGCUCUUCUCUUGAGUUCAUCAAAGACAUGACAUCUCUAAGUGUAUUAGUAUUGAGGAACAGCAAUCUCACUGGGACAAUACCCUCUUAUAUUGGAGGAUUCUCAAGUCUCCAACAAGUUGAUUUAAGCUUCAACAAACUACAUGGACCAAUUCCGACUUCACUUUUCAACUUAAGUCAACUUACUUACUUGUUUCUGGGGAAUAACACGUUGAAUGGUUCCUUUCCCACUCAAAAGAGCCAGACUCUGAGCAAUAUAGAUGUGUCUUACAAUGAUUUGUCUGGAAGUCUUCCUUCGUGGGUCAACUUACCAAACUUGAAACUCAAUCUUGUUGCCAACAACUUCACCUUAGAAAGUCUUGACAACAGGGUUUUACCAGGACUGAACUGCCUGCAGAAAAAAUUCCCUUGCAAUCGAGGCAAAGGAAGAUAUUCUGACUUUGCUAUCAACUGCGGAGGCCCACAAAUACGGUCUGUCAGCGGGGCAGUAUUUGAGAGAGAGGACGGGGAUCUUGGACCAGCUUCAUUCGUCGUGAGUAAUGCACAGAGAUGGGCAGCCAGCAGUGUAGGCAUUUUUGGGGGUAGUAGUAAUAAUAUGUACACAGCGACUUCACUAUCACAAUUUACCAACACUUUGGACUCUGAGCUUUUCCAGUCAGCAAGACUUUCUGCAUCUUCCCUAAGGUAUUAUGGGUUGGGCCUCGAAAAUGGAGGCUACACCGUAACACUUCAGUUUGCUGAAAUACAAAUUAUUGGUUCUUCUUCGAACUCUUGGAGAGGUUUAGGUAGAAGACGUUUUAACAUUUAUGUCCAGGGAAUACUUGUUGAAAAGGAUUUUGAUGUACGCAGAACAGCUAAUGACUCUAUCGUCCGAGCAGUUGAAAGAGAAUAUAAAGCAAAUAUAUCUGAAAAUUACCUAGAAAUUCAUCUUUUCUGGGCUGGAAAAGGAACAUGUUGUAUUCCUAUUCAAGGUGCUUAUGGGCCAUUAAUAUCUGCCGUCAGUGCAAAACCAGAUUUUAUACCAACUGUGGCUAACAAGCCACCAUCAAGGGGAAAUAACAGGACUGGUACCAUUGUUGGUGUCAUUGUUGGUCUAGGACUCUUGAGCAUCUUUGCGGGAGUGGUUAUCUUAAUCAUCCGAAAAAGAAGAAACCGAUACACAGAUGAUGAAGAGAUACUGAACAUGGACGUGAAGCCUUACACCUUUACUUACUCUGAACUUAAAAGUGCCACUCAAGACUUCAAUCCAGCAAACAAGCUUGGAGAGGGAGGAUUUGGUCCUGUUUAUAGGGGAAACCUGAAUGAUGGACGAGAGGUGGCGGUAAAACAAUUGUCGGUUGGAUCUCGACAAGGAAAGGGACACUUUGUGGCAGAAAUUGUAGCAAUUUCUACAGUUAUGCACCGCAACCUAGUUAAACUUUACGGAUGUUGCUAUGAAGGAGAUCAUCGUUUGCUCGUAUAUGAGUAUCUCCCCAAUGGAAGUCUCGAUCAGGCACUAUUUGGAGGUGAUAAGAAGACGUUACAUCUUGAUUGGCCAACCCGUUUUGAGAUAUGUAUGGGAGUAGCUAGAGGACUAGCCUACCUCCACGAAGAGGGGAGUGUUCGCAUUGUACACAGGGAUGUGAAGGCCAGCAACAUUUUGCUUGAUUCUAAUCUGGUCCCUAAAGUCUCUGAUUUUGGUCUGGCAAAGCUAUACGAUGACAAGAAAACCCACAUUAGUACCAAAGUGGCUGGGACGGUUGGGUAUCUUGCGCCAGAGUAUGCUAUGCGUGGACACCUAACAGAGAAAACGGAUGUGUAUGCCUUUGGUAUUGUGGUCCUUGAGCUAGUGAGUGGCAGGGGAAACGCAGAUGAGAGUCUCGAGGGUGAAAAGAGAUAUCUUCUUGAAUGGGCAUGGAAUCUACAUGAGAAAAGCCGUGAAGUGGAACUUAUUGAUCAUGAGCUAACUGAAUUCAACACGGAAGAAGUGAAGCGCAUGAUAGGCAUUGCUCUGCUUUGCACUCAAGCAUCUCAUGCGGUUAGACCAUCAAUGUCACGAGUGGUGGCCAUGCUUUCAGGAGACGUUGAGGUGAGUGAGGUGACCUCUAAGCCAAUCUACCUACCCGAUUGGAGAUUUGAUGACACCACAAGGUCCUCUUUCAGCGCCUUUCAAACCAAAGACACUGGCGCUUCUGGAUCCUAUUCCACAAGCUUUGUGACGCCCGCAGACAACGACUUUAAGCCUAUGCUUGGAGUCAAGAUUAAUGAGGGGAGAUGA